AUGUCCGAAUCAUUAUAUUCGUCUUGUGCGGAAGUCCUCUCCGUGUGCCAGGCUGCAAAAGAUGACCUUGCUGCUCUCCUCGAUCCCAAUACCGGAUUUGCGCCUAGACUACGACAAUUGUGUCGCGACCAAAUCACAGAGGCAGAGAAUAGCGCGUCUUCUGAUGUCUCUCAGGAGGAACUCGACGUCUUACGCAUGGAGGCCAACACGUGGGGCCUUCUCCAGGCUGUAAUGCCGUGA